AUGCCUCCAAAAACUAAAAGAGAGGGUAAAAAAAGAAAAACGGUAGAGAACAUGAGAGAUCAGUUCUUUAAGGAAUUUAAUGCUAAAGAGAAAAUUUUAGACACACCGGUUGAUAUACAAAUUAUAGAAACAACUAAAUCAACUUGUGAUAGUGUUGAUAACGUUAUGGACGAUAGUUUUAGCAUAGAUAGCCUUUUGGCGAAAUAUACUACGAAAGAAACAGUGACACCAAAAAAGCGUACUCGAAACGCGGGAAAAAGGAAAAGGAACCUUUGCGAGAGUUACUGUGACGAUUUAAGUUAUGUGAUACAACCCACUAAAACUCGUGCAGCAUCAAAGAAACUUCUAAAAGCUAAUGAAACAGAUGAUUCAGUUAUUAUAAUAGAAGAUAACUUACCACAAAUAUUAACAGACACGAACAGCGCAACUAAACCCAAACGGAAAAGAAAAACAAAUGCCAAGGAUAGUAUUACACCAACAACAAAUGUGUCACCAAUUACAAGUGGCAGAAAAAGGGGCGGUAAUAGGAGGAAUAAUAUAUCACAACUUGAUCCAUUAGUGCUUUUACCAGACGGCACAACGAGGAGAAACCCAAGAUACAAAACCAGAAGGACUAGGAGUGUAAGAGAGACCCCAACAGAAGAAUAUCCGACAAUAACAAUCGGAAAUCUAGCUGAAUAUCCAGACAAUUCAAGUAACGUCCCUCUGUUCACAGGGAAAACAAACGAGGUUAUAGAUUUAGAUGAUUACUUGGAUCAAAACGAGGAAAUAUCCGUCAAAGUGCAUUGGAGGAAUCGUGAAGUAGAGAGAUUCAAUCUACGUAGAUUUCAAAAACUGAAGCACAUAUUCGAACACUUUUCCGAUAAGGAGAAUGUCGGGCAGAACCAGUUGCUCUUCACUUAUAAUGACACUAUCAUCAAACCCGAUGAUACACCAGAAUCCAUAGGAUAUAACAUAGCUAAAUUUAUAGACGGAGGUGUUAUAAAUCAAGCAAUCAAUCUCAAUAGAGACAAAGUUAUAAGUAAAGAAAAGGGCAUCAAAAUUAAGUUUCAAUUCAAGAACACCAAAAGGCCAUAUGAAAUAUCGGUUGAACCGGACGAAAAAUUAUCUGUAGCUUUUAUGAAAUGUGCUGAGCACUUAGAGACGUCGCUAAAUAAAUUGAAGUUUGAAUUUGACGGGGACUAUAUAACAGGUGAAUUCUUCAUAUAA